AUGAUUGGCUUUCGGUCGGGGCUCUCGAGUCAGGACGCCAUGAAGUUGAUCAAACACCAGGUCAUUGACUCUGGCUGCGCCGACACCAAGGCAAUUCUGGGAUUGAACAUGGAAAAGGCUUUUGACAGCAUAUCGCACGCCUUUAUUCUGAAGAGCUUGUCUCAGUUUCACGUCCGCAAACGGGCGUACAAUUUCGUGCACUUCUUCCUUUCCUCGAAGUACAGAGGAGUGAAGAUUGACGAGUUUUUGACCCGCAAAAUUACCCUUGGGCCAAAGGGGACACCUCAGGGGGCAGUGAUCUCCUCGACGCUGUUCAAUAUCUGCAUGAUCAACCUGUCGAUGGCCUUGAACAAGAUACCGAACAUUAACCACACGAUCUAUGCGGAGGACAUCACCAUCUGGUCCCUAAGCGGAUGUGAGGGUCAGGUCGAGUGUGCUUUGCAGGAGGCCAUCGAUGUGACAGAGCGUUAUCUCCUCCCCACCGGGCUAAGGUGCUCGCCGGCUAAGUCCGAGCUCUUACUCUAUAAGAGGCCCAGAGGCGGUUCUCACCGGCCCUGGAAUCCAGCAGGAGAGAGCCACAUUACGUUAUUCACCGAUAACGGCUCCCCAGUUCCGCGGGUGGACACUAUCAGGGUCCCAGGAAUGUUUAUCGAGUCUAACGGAGCCAAUGGAGCCGCCGUCAAACGCAUUUGUUCCAAGACCGAAAACGCCCUAGGAUAG